AUAAGCAAGACAUUGAUAGUGGAGUGGAGGCCCGGACACACCCAGGACACGGCAGACACUUGAGGAAUUCAUUAAAUACACACCAGAAGACGCGACGUACAGCCAUUCACAGGUAAAGGCGUCCAGACACUGCCAAUCAACCGUCGCAGGUACAUAGUGACUCGUGGAUGCAACAAACUCCCCUCUGAGACAGGUUACUAUGAGCUGACGUGAGCUGAGGCUGGACCAAGAGGGUGAGAAGAAGCCGGGGCAAUGGCGUACCAGGUGAAGCUAGUGCUGGCAGGACUGCUGGCAACCCUGCUCACCCUGGGGACCUACGAACACCUCUACAACCUGGAGCCCAACCGCUGUGAGAUGACCUACAUGUACCAGCGGCCGCACUUUAUCCCUAUAGAACUCCCAGCUGAGGUGGCGCAACGGUUCCCCCUGUAUGGCCUGUACGUGUAUGGGGAGGGCGACUCGGUAGAGAACCUGGAGAAAAAGAUCUACUCUGGCGUUCCUGUGCUCUUCGUCCCUGGCAACGGCGGCUCCCACAAGCAGGUGCGGUCGCUGGCAUCCGUCGCAUACCGCAAGUCUUUCGAGGAUGGGAUCAACUUCCACUUCAACUUCUUCACUGUGGACCUGAACGAGGAGCUGGCAGCGCUGUACGGCCCGGUCCUGGAGCAACAGACGGAAUUUGUGGCCAUUGUCGUGAAGCACAUCCUGGGGCUGUACGCGGAGCAGAAGGGCGGCAGCAAGAAGCCAGAGAGUGUGAUCCUGGUGGGCCACUCCAUGGGCGGCAUGGUGGCGCGGGCCGUCUACACCACCAAGCUCGUGACGUCCGCCAUGGCUCCUCUCAUCAUCACUCAGGCCACACCACACACCCGCCCCGUCCUCGUCCUCGACCCUCACAUCGAACACUUCUAUGAAAAGGUCAAUGUGUUCUGGAUCAUGGAGCGGCAGUUUGACCUGAAGGACGUGGUGCUGGUGACGGUGGGCGGCGGGCGGAACGACAUCCAGGUCCCCACGUCACACACCAACACCCCCCUCGCAGACCUGGCCACAACUACCGCCGACAUACCCUCGUGCUGGUUGACGGCGGACCACCAGGCUGUAGUGUGGUGCUGGCAGCUGGUGAUGGCUACAAUGCGGGCGCUCUUUGACUGCGUGGACCCGGCAACUCUCCAGCUCACCACCAACAGGACGCAGAUGAUUGACGUGUUUGACUUCCACUUGUCCAAGCGCAUCACAGGCAAGAGGUACAAGCAAGCCUUCUACCCUGACACCAUACAACUGGAGCCCGAAGCAACAUGGACAGAGGUGACUAAGCGCCAGUUCACCCAUGUUGCCGUCACCACACCACGCCGCAGCUACCUGGCCAUCCCCCUGCGCCCCGGCCACCCCCAGCACCACCACGCCACCAUCAUCGCCAACAACCUCGACAACAAGAACUGGGUCGUCGCCUGCACCGCCUCCGCCACGCCGCAGAAGGGAGGACAGCCGUGCUCCCUCGGCCUCAACCUGUCCUCCAGAUCACAGAAGAUGCUGGGCAAGAUGAAGGCGGUGGAGGUGGACCUGGCCGAGCUCGGGGAGGCUGGCUAUACCCAUGUUGUUGUCAUUAUCCUGCCCUCUGAUGAGAAGGUUCACACUCAACCCCUUGGUGGUGUGGCCGUGGCAGUUGAUGUCCACAGCCAGAAUGGGCGUUACCGCUCCACCCACGUUCCCACCUUCUUCCGCUCCUUCGCCCAGACCCUCGUCGUGGACACCACCCCGCAGAAGGCGCUCUCCUACAACGUGACACUCAACGGCUUCUCCGACGGCUGGCAGUCCCUCAAACUGAUUCUGAAACCACGCCAGAGCUGCCACACCCCAGAGGUCCCCAUGGCCAGGCUCUACAUCCCCUGGACUGGAAAAGUUUCCUUCCUACAGAACAGUGGCCCGGGCGUCUCCUACACCGCUGAACUGGACGUCCCGGACCUGUCUGACAACACCACGUUGGCGCCCAGUGUACAGUUCACCCUCAACCCUGAGUGCACAUACUCCAUCCUCGUUCAGGGUGACUUUGUGGGAGUGUUCCGGCGCCUGGUGCUUGUCUACGGCUACCAGAUCCCAACCUACAUAGCCGUUCACCUCCUGCUCUCCCUCACGCGACAGCUGCGGGGUAUUGGUGAUGAAGGUCAGUGCCCCUCCCUCUUCACCUCGAUGCUGUCCCUCACCCCCGUGGCCGUGGUUCCCUUCAUCAAGAUCGGCAGUAUCUUCCUCAAGAACAUGGAGGUGGAGGACGACCUGAGCCUCCUGAGCACCCACGGGGAGGACCUGCCGCUGCUGCCCAUCGUGCUGUUCCUGGGGUGCCUGCCGCUGAGCCUGCUCCUUGGGGCGGCCACCUGGGGCAUGAUACUACUGGCUGGGAAAGGCGCGCACUCCUUCAUGAUAAAAGUGUUAGGCCGCACGCUGGGGGCUACGGACAUGUUGGCGGACCUGGCAGUGAUGGGGCUCUCAAAGGUGCCCGUCAUCGUGGGCGUGUCGCUCAUCUCCCUCGCCUACUCCACCUGUGGCACCCUGGCCCUCAGUCUGGCCCUCGUCUUCUAUUUCCUGAAGGUGUCCAAGCAGUAUGAGGAGUACAUUGAGCGCUUGGCGGCGAGCUUUCUUCCCGGCCAGCCCAAGAGGGAGGCCAGCACGGCGCGGGCACUGAGCCGCGUACACUUCCACCUCACGCUGCUGAUGCUGCUCGGCGUGGUCACCACCCUGCACCUGCCCACCCUCGUCAUCUGGUCCAGGCUGCUCAGAACCAACAAACGGCUUCCUGACGACCCUUCGCUGGGUGUUGCCGUGGCCCUGCUCCUCGCCCUCUGCUUCCUGUGGCAGAAGAAAAUGCCACAGCCCACCAAGAGGUUCUACAAGCCCCUGUCGUACGUCAUCCACGCCUUGGCAAUUGUCGGGCUUCUGUUCGGCAGCGUCCACAUCUACCGAGUCUCCUACCUAGUGGCGGCUACUCUGGCACUCCUCGCAGCCCACCAACUCCUGUCCCCCGAGGCACCCCAGGAACCCACCCCCUCCAGCACCCCCGACACGCCCACCCAGCCCUACAUGGAGGACCUGGGCAGUGAGGACACGGAUCAAGGGUUCUCGGGGCACUCCAAGGCCUCAACGCCAAGCAGUGAUUUCUCCCAGUGACCUCCGACCUAGCCUAGCCUGACCUAACCUUACCCUCCACCGAUGACCCCUUCAGAAUAGAGGAAGAGGGAAGGGAGCGAGAGAGGAAGGAGGGAAAGAAGGAAAAGAUGGAAGGAAACAAAAGAGGAGGAGGAAAUGGAGAGAAAGAGAGAGAGGAAGCAGGAAUGGUGAAGGGAGCAAAAAGGGAGGGAGGAAAAGAAGGAAAAGAAGGAAGGAAACAAGAGAGAAAUAGAAGGAAAAGAAGGAAGGAAACGAGAGAUAGAGAAGGAAAGAGGAAAAGAAGGAAGGAAACAAGAAGGGAAGGAAACAAGAGUGAAAGGGAGAGAAAGAAGGAAAGGAGAAAAAAAUAGAAGGGAGGGAAAGAACCUAUGACCUCAACUUGACCUCUCAUGGUGCAGUCUCUCAGUAAUCAUGUGAGCCGUGACCUGAGCUAAUGAUCUUGACCUCGUAUAUUGCACCGUGUGAGGUCAUCCAACGUACUUAAAAUGCCUGCAAUGUCUAUAUUUAUUCAUCUGUAUAUUCAGGGUUGUUGUGUUCAGAUUCUGGGUACUGUAAUUGUUCCAUCUACUUCUUGUAUUGUUCUUAGAGAGAUUUAUUUGGUUGUAUUUUUGUUAUGUAUGUCCACUUAGUUUUUUUUUUAAUUGAGGGGCUUAUGUUAUGUAUUUACUAGGUAGUUUUGUUUAUUUAUUUUGCUUAGUUAUAUCGUUUUUGCGUGUUAUUUCAAAUUUAUUUAUUUUGGUUUUAUUUUUGUUCUUUAUUUCCACAGGUUUUUUUUUUUUAUAAUUGAGGGGCUUAUGUUAUGUAUUUACUAGGUAGUUUUGUUUAUUUAUUUUGCUUAGUUAUAUCAUUUUUGCGUGUUAUUUCAUAUUUAUUUAUUUUGGUUUUAUUUUUGUUCUUUAUUUCCACAGUUUUUUUUUUUUAUAAUUGAGGGGAUUAUUUUAUGUAUUUACUAGGUACUUUUGUUUAUUUAUUUUGCUUAGUUAUAUCACUUAUGCGCGUUAUUUCAUAUUUAUUUAUUUGGUUUUAUUUUUGUUCUUUAUUUCCACUUAAAUUUGUUUUUUAUAAUUGAGGGGCUUAUGUUAUGUAUUUACUAGGUACUUUUGUUUAUUUAUAUUGUUUAGUUAUAUCAUUUUUGCGCGUUAUUUCAUAAUUAUUUACUUUGAUUUUAUUUUUGUUCUUUAUUUCCACUUUGUUGUUGUUUUUGUUUUGUUUUUAAUUGAGGGGCUUAUGUUAUGUAUUUACUAGGUGCUUGUUUUAGAUAUACAGUUGUCCCUCAAAUAGUACAGUUUUCAAUAGUUCAGUUUCAGUUUUAUACGGAUUGUCAUGGAAGAUCUGUUAGGAUUUUUAAAUUUCUUGCUUGUCGGGAAAUUUUAAAAUCCUAAAAAAUCUUCUUAGAAAAUCCACAUAAAACCAAAACCAAACUAUUGGAAACCGUACUAUUUGAGGAUGACUGUCUUCACUUUUGUUUAUUUAUUUCGUUCAGUUUUAUCAUUUAUGCGCAUUAUUUCAUCUAUACACUUCUUUUUCGUAGUUGAUUUGAUCCUUUCUGAUUCCGUUGCUUCGCUCUUUCAAGUCUUUUUUAUUUUCAGUUUUAUUUUACGUAGCCUUUCAUUUAGUCCAUACAAAAUUAUCGCGUUAUUUUUCCGCUUACGAGAUGUUCCUAUUUUCCCCGUUGCCAAGAGGUCGUACUGUGAGCUGUCGCAAUCCCAUCUGGUUCAUCGGGUAAUUCUCAAAUGUUCUCCUAAGCACAUCUUUUUUUUUUUAAGUAGGCAACUAUAUAGAGAGAGGCAUUUUCAGAAGUACAGAACAUUAUCAUAUAUAUAUAGAAGGGCAUUACUUGGGGCAUUUUGAGUAGCCAUAUAGGACAGUACCAAUCAAAACUAGAACCUUUAACUCGGUAGGAGCGAUGGGCCAGAUUCGUGGCUUUACCAUGUAGCAGUGACGGGCCAAAUUUGUGGCUUCACCGUGUAGCAGCGACGGGCCAAAUUUGUGGCUUUACCGUGUAGCAGCGACGGGCCAAAUUUGUGCCAUGAUAUAACCCCAAAAAAUAGGUGAUACAUAAACUGAUCACAAAUGCGUUGAUAUAUAUUAUGAAAUGGUUUGUGUGAGUGAUGAUUUUUCUCAUUUUUCUUGCUUAGAGGGACCUUUAAGAAACAUGAUCCCAGCUGCUACCAGGUUAAUCCAACCCUAAAUGGAACCAGAGUGGGAUUGAAUUUAUAUGAAGACAACUGAGGCGAGAAAUCAUAUAGGAAAAGUUAAGAAGUGAAAGAAGGCUCAGGAAAAUACUAAGAAAACUAGGAAGAAGGAGGAGAGGGAGGGAAGGAUGGGAGAAAGAUGAUUAGGAAGGAAGGAGAGUAAGGAAAGAAGGAAGAAAUAAAGGAGAGAGAGAAAUAAUAGAAAGAGAGGAAGAAGGGAGGGUAGAGGAAGAGAAGAGGAGAAAGAAAGCAGAAGAAAGGAAGGGAGAAAAGAAAGCAGUGAGGAAUGAAAGGAAGGAAGGAGGGAUGAAAAGAGGGAAGGGAAAAAGGAAGAAAGGUAGGAAGGAAAGAGAAGAAGAAAGGAAGGAGAGAUAAAAAGAGGGAAGGGAAUAAGGAAGGAAGGAGGGAUGAAAAGAAGGAAGGGGAAAUGGAAGGAGGGAGGGAUGACUAGAGUAAAGGGAAAAAGAAAGGAAGGAAGGAAGGAGCUAGGGAUGGAAAGAAUGAAAGGAAAAAGAAAGUAGUGUAGGAUUGAGUAAAGGAGGGAGGAAGGAAAAAAAGGAAAGGAAACAGUAGAAAAAAGGAACAUAGGAAGAACAGCAAGCAAUAUAUUUUAGCGGAAGCGAUGUACAUAUCUUUGCUUAGACUAAUCCAUUCAUGUACUUAACCCAGACCAGGAGAAUGACCUAACUUAACCUUGUAUUAGUUCUUAUUAUGUAGUGAAGCCUUUAGCAUGCAUAGAGGGUGCGGUAGGGAGGAGAGGGAGGGUGUGGUAAGUUGAGAGAGGAAGGUGUGGUAAAGAUAUGGUCAGAUUUGUAUGGAGGGUAAGGUAAGGAGAGGAAGGGGAAGGGGAUGUGAGGGAGAGGUGUGGUGUAGGGAAGGGAUGUGGUCAGUGGAUAGAUGUGGUAAGGAUGUGGUUAAAUUUGCAUGGAGGGUAAGGUAAGAAGAGAAAGGGGAAGGGGGUGUGCGGGAGAGGUGUGGU